CCAAAGGUCGUUCUCUUCUGAGCUCGCCUCCUGCAUCCAUCUAGCUCUAGCCUAAUUCCUCUCCUCUCUCCUCCCUGUCUACUCCCCUACCCUACCCUACCCAUGUCUGGCUUGCUGGCAGACAGACUGACGCGCUACUGUGUACCAGGCCCUGUUAGAAACCAUUCACCCAUAGCCCUGACUGGGGUGGUCUAGCUCUGUGUCUCUUUCUAUUGCUCGGGGCGGAUACUCCCUGCACGGAUACACCGAGGGAGGCUGUUAGCUGAUAUCGACGGGAGGAAAACAUAUCAAGGAGGAACCCACUGCUGUCGUCGAAUUCGAGGUGGUUAGGUGUUAGGCAUCUACCUGGUGACAAGCCCCUCCUGACUGAGCCCCUCUAUAGUCGCGGCCGCAUCCCCCCACUGACAGGCAUCAUGGCGGGGGCUUCAGUGAAGGUGGCCGUCCGGGUCCGUCCCUUCAACUCUCGAGAGAUCGGGAAGGACAGCAAGUGCAUCAUCCAGAUGUCAGGGAACACCACAACAAUCAUAAACCCCAAACAGCCGAAGGAGAACAAGAGCUAUAACUUCGACUACUCUUACUGGUCACACACAACACCGGAGGACAUCAACUAUCAUUCCCAGAAGCAGGUGUACAAGGACAUUGGGGAGGAGAUGUUGCUGCAUGCCUUUGAGGGAUACAAUGUUUGUAUCUUUGCAUAUGGCCAGACUGGAUCUGGGAAGAGCUACACCAUGAUGGGCAAGCAGGACCAGAAGGAUCAGCAAGGCAUCAUCCCUCUGCUGUGUGAGGACCUCUUCACCAAGAUAAGUGACAGCAAUAAGGAAAACAGCUUGUCCUACUCCGUGGAGGUGAGCUACAUGGAGAUCUACUGUGAGCGUGUGCGGGACCUGCUGAACCCGAAGAACAAGGGGAACCUGCGUGUGAGAGAGCACCCCUUGAUGGGGCCCUACGUGGAGGACCUGUCCAAGCUGGCCGUUACCUCCUACAAUGACAUCCAGGACCUCAUGGAGUCUGGCAACAAGGCCAGGACGGUGGCAGCCACCAACAUGAACGAGACCAGCAGCCGCUCUCACGCUGUCUUCAACAUCAUCUUCACGCAGAAGAAACACGACAUGGAUUCAGAAAACACAUCUGAGAAGGUGAGCAAGAUCAGCCUGGUGGAUCUGGCUGGGAGUGAGAGAGCAGACUCUACAGGAGCCAAAGGAACCAGGCUGAAGGAAGGAGCAAAUAUCAAUAAAUCUUUGACCACACUGGGGAAAGUCAUCUCUGCAUUAGCUGAAGUGGACUCAGCACCAAAUAAGAACAAGAAGAAGAAGAAGAAGGUGGAGAACCACAUCCCCUAUAGAGACUCAGUGCUGACCUGGCUUCUUAGAGAGAACCUGGGAGGUAACUCUCGCACCGCCAUGGUGGCAGCCCUCAGCCCUGCUGACAUCAACUAUGACGAGACCCUGAGCACCCUCAGGUAUGCUGACCGCGCCAAACAGAUCCGCUGUAACGCCGUCAUCAACGAGGACCCCAACAACCGUCUGGUGCGUGAGCUGAAGGAGGAGGUGUGCCGACUCAAGGACCUCCUCUACGCCCAGGGCCUGGGAGAUAUCAUAGACACGUAUCGAUGUCCCGAUCCUGUGAUAGCUGGUUUGAAAACCUUUCAGCCUGGAGAUUAUGCUGCAAACUUGUGCGAUUACAAGAACUUUGUCAAUAAUCGCCAGGCUGUCAAUCAAACGGGUGAUCUAUCCACAGUGACCAAUGCCAUGACUGGGAUGAGCCCUUCCCCCUCUCUCUCCGCCCUGUCCAGCCGUGCGGGCUCCAUGGCAAACCUGCAUGACCGCAUCUUCAGCCCUGCCUCUGAGGAGGCCAUAGAGAGACUCAAGGAAACAGAGAAAAUCAUUGCUGAGCUCAAUGAGACAUGGGAGGAGAAGCUGCGCCGUACUGAAGAUAUCAGGAUGCAGAGGGAGGCCCUACUGGCUGAGAUGGGUGUGGCCAUGAGAGAAGAUGGAGGCACCGUGGGCGUGUUCUCCCCCAAGAAGACCCCUCACCUGGUGAACCUGAAUGAGGACCCACUGAUGUCUGAGUGCUUACUCUACUACAUCAAAGAUGGGACCACCAAGGUUGGACGUGACGACGCCAGAAGUCGCCAGGACAUCGUGCUCAGUGGCCAUUUUAUCCAAGACGAGCACUGCACCUUCAGUAGCACCGCAGGCUCCGGCGGAGAAGAUGAUGAUGACACAGGGAACGUCAUCCUGGAGCCCUGCGAGGGGGCGGAGAUCUACGUCAACGGGAAACUGGUGACCACGCCUACUCUGCUUCGUUCAGGGAAUCGCAUUAUCAUGGGGAAGAGCCACGUGUUCCGCUUCAAUGACCCGGAGCAGGCGCGGCAGGAGCGGGAGAGGACCCCCUGCGCCGAGACCCCCGUGGAGCCCGUGGACUGGGCCUUCGCCCAGAGAGAGCUGCUGGAGAAACAGGGCAUCGACAUGAAGCAGGAGAUGGAGUCAAGGCUUCAAGAGUUAGAAGAUCAAUACCGCCGAGAACGAGAGGAGGCCAGUAACCUUCUGGAACAACAGAGACUGGACUAUGAGAGUAAACUGGAAGCCCUGCAGAAACAGGUGGACAGAAACUCCCGUUACCUGGAGUCCCCAGACGAAGAAGAGGAGCCUGAGGAGGAAGUCUUUCCCAUAGUUCCGUGGACAAAGCGUGAGAUGGAGCUUGCAUCCUGGGCGUUCCGUAAGUGGCGUUUCUACCAGUUCACCUCCCUCAGGGACCUGCUGUGGGGCAAUGCCAUCUUCCUCAAGGAAGCCAACGCCAUCAGUGUGGAGCUCAAGAAGAAGGUCCAGUUCCAGUUUGUGCUGCUGACAGACACACUGUACUCCCCGUUGCCCCCGGACCUGCUGCCCCCCAGCGUGGCCAUGGAGCGGGAGAAACGGCCCUUCCCCAGCACCAUCGUAGCUGUGGAGGUCCAGGACCAGAAGAACGGGGCCACACACUACUGGACCCUGGAGAAACUCAGACAGAGGCUGGACCUGAUGAGGGAGAUGUACGACCGUGCGGCGGAGGUGCCGAGCAGCACUGUGGAGGACUGUGACCAGGCUCUGACCGGAGGAGACCCCUUCUAUGACCGCUUCCCAUGGUUCCGUCUGGUGGGCAGGGCUUUUGUGUACCUGAGUAACCUGCUGUACCCCGUGCCACUCGUGCACCGCGUGGCCAUCGUCAGUGAGAAGGGAGAGGUGAAGGGCUUCCUCAGGGUGGCAGUGCAGGCCAUCUCAGCUGAUGAAGAAGCCCCUGACUAUGGUUCUGGCGUAAGGCAGUCAGGAACCGCCAAGAUAUCCUUCGAGGACCAACAGUUUGAGAAGUUCCAGACAGAGUCGUGUUCCGGCGGCAUGUCCCAUUCUAACACCUCACACGAAGAGCUACGCUUCGUGGAAGGGGAGGGACAGAACUCUGAUGUAGGAGCUGACCCUGACGAGGUCAACAACAACACCUGUGCAGACUUGUCCCCCGUCACAGCCACACCAGAGGUCCCCAGGAGCCCACUGAAGGGUGGUCUGGGUCUGGAGCUGCCCCUGGAGAAGGCCCUGUUUCACCUUCACAUAGGCUCCACCUUCACCUUCAGGGUCACAGUGCUGCAGGCCUCCAGCAUUUCCGCUGAGUAUGCUGACAUCUUCUGCCAGUUCAACUUCAUCCACCGACACGAUGAGGCUUUCUCCACUGAGCCACUCAAGAACACUGGCAGAGGACCUCCGCUGGGAUUCUACCAUGUACAGAAUAUCACGGUAGAGGUUACCAAGUCGUUUGUGGAAUACAUCAAGACCCAGCCCAUCGUCUUUGAGGUGUUUGGCCACUACCAGAAACAUCCAUUCCCACCCCUCUGCAAAGACCUCAUCAGUUCACACUUCUAUUUCAGUCCCCUUCGACCUUCUAGGAGGCAGUUCCCAAGGGUCAUGCCCUUGUCUAAACCAGUACCAGCCACCAAGCUGAAUACCCUGACCCGUUCCACGGCCGGCCCAUGCCACUCCAAAUAUGACCUCAUGGCCUUCUUCGAGAUCUGUGAGCUGGAGGCCAAUGGAGACUACAUCCCUUCAGUGGUGGACCACAGAGGGGGCAUGCCCUGCCACGGAACCUUCCUGCUUCAUCAGGGCAUCCAGAGGAGGAUCACAGUCACCAUAGCGCACGAGACAGGAAAUGACGUGGAGUGGAAGGAGGUCAAGGAGCUGGUGGUGGGGCGGAUCCGGAAUACUCCAGAGGCUGAUGAGACCAUCAUCGACCCCAACAUCCUGUCUCUCAACAUUCUAUCUGCGGGCUACAUCUGGCCCUCAUAUAAUGACAAUAUGUCCCUGGGAGUUGACCAUAGGACGUUUUACCGAUUUGAGGCGGCGUGGGAUAGCUCCAUGCACAACUCCCUCCUCCUGAACCGUGUCACUCCCUAUGGUGAAAAGAUCUACAUCACUCUCUCCGCCUACCUAGAGAUGGAGAACUGCACCCAACCAACAGUGAUCACCAAAGACUUCUGUAUGGUGUUCUACUCCCGUGACGCCAAGCUCCCCGCCUCACGCUCCAUCAGGAACCUCUUCAGCACCGGCUGUCUCAGGCCCUCAGAGAGUAAUCGUGUCACUGGAGUGUAUGAAGUCAGUCUCUGCCAUGUCGCUGAUGCCGGAAGUCCCGGCAUGCAGCGGCGGCGCAGGCGCGUCUUGGACACCUCGGUGGCAUACGUCCGUGGGGAAGAGAACCUGGCUGGCUGGAGGCCCCGUAGCGACAGCCUCAUCCUGGACCACCAAUGGGAGCUGGAGAAACUCAGCCUUCUGCAGGAGGUGGAGAAGACCAGGCACUACCUGCUGCUGCGGGAGAAACUGGAGGCCACCCUGGCAGUGGGGCAGGACGCUCUCUGCAAGAGUGGUGACCUUAGCGACUUUGCCAAGAGCCCCAUCCUCAGCCACUGCCCCGGGGGUAGCCCCGCCCUGGAGAGCCCCAGCCAGAGGCAGAGGGAGCUGGCUGCCAAGUGUCUGCGGCUGCUCAUGCACACGUUCAACAGGGAGUACAGCCAGGUGAGCAGCAGUGCCAGUGAGAGCAAGCUGUCUGAGAUGUCAGCGUCGCUGAUGUCUCCAUCCUCUUCUAGUCUGAGCACGCUAACUCCGUCCUCUACUUGCCCCUCAUUGGUGGAGGGACAUUAUGACAUCAGACACACUGAGCCCAUCUCUGGCGCUUCCAGCCCAGACCUGGACCCCUUCAGUCCUGUGGACAAGAAGAGGACCCUGGGUAGAGGCUGCACCUUCGUCCCUGACAUCCAGGAGAUCCGCGUCAGCCCCAUCGUGUCUAAGAAAGGCUACCUACACUUCCUGGAGCCCCACACCAGUGGCUGGGUGAAGCGCUAUGUAGUGGUGCGCCGGCCCUACGUCUACCUGUACCGCAACGAGAGGGACAGCGUGGAGCGUUCCGUCAUCAACCUUUCCUCCGCCCAGGUGGAAUACAGCGAGGACAAGCAGACUCUGCUCCGGACUCCAAACACAUUUGCAGUGUGCACCGAACAUCGUGGAAUACUCCUCCAGGCCAGUAAUGACAAGGAGAUGCACGACUGGCUGUAUGCUUUUAACCCCCUGCUCGCCGGAACCAUCAGGUCUAAGCUCUCCAGAAGAAAGUCAGGCCAGAGGAUGUGAGAAACAGGAACACCCGCUGUGGGGGGGGGGGGGACAUCUGAAAUCUCCACGGACUCUCUGCUGUAUAUACCUUAUCUAAACAGCUCUCUCCUGCGCUGCUCAACCGUCCUAACAGUGCUCCAUCCUGUCGCUGAUACGUCCUCAAACAGCACUUAAAACCAUCCCAGCCGAUCUCCUAUUUGACGCCUCUUCCUGGUUACCUGGGUCAUGCAUGGUAUAAACUACCCAUUAAAGACCAUUAAAACCCAUAUACUGUAAGACUAACUAACAACACAACCCUGAGUAGUGGGGCUUAGCUCCGCUGGCUGUGAUGCUCCUUAUUGUCAUGUGUAUGUAGACCUUACCUUCCAGGCUUACAGACCCUAUAGGGUUUAGCCAAACAAAGGAAGAAUAUAACGUUUAUGUCUUAGUCCGAGUUGUUAUCAGUUCCAAUAUCACGCAACUUACUACUACCACCCACUAUUUGUAUAUGAUGCCCCAUAUCCAAACCUCUCAUGUAUUUCUUAUAAACACUGUAGUCUAAUAAGAAAAAGAAUAAUGGGAAAAUGGUAUAUUCCCUUUUCUAGUCCUCUCAUAAGAUAUCUCUGUUUCUGUGUGUGUGUGUGUGUUUGGUGCAGGGAAGAUAGCAGUACCUAUCAAUGCUCUUUCUCGUGUUAAAACAGCGUAUCCAUAUUACCUCAUGUCGAAAAUCGCUGGGCUGCAGGCGCAUACUGUAACUCGUUGUCAUUGCAUCUGUUUUGUAUCCAAGGUUUUGGACGAUAUACAGUGCGAUAGAUGGGAUGCUUUGAAGGUACAUUGGACAGUGUAGGGUGAAAAGUGACAUAAUAGGACAAUGUUUUGUUGCCAAUGUUUUGGACAGAAUACAGUGGGAUAGAAUUGUAAUAGUUGGGUAAUAUGGUGGAUAGAAUAUGAUAGGACAAUAGGAUGACUCUUUGGCCUCCAUGUUUGGAUAAUGGUGAGUUCGCUGUGCUGACAUUUCAUAGUAACACGUUUGCUACAGUAGAGUAUAAAGUGUGUAAUUUCGCUGGCUGCCUGAUAGUGGAGAGCAGUUGUGUCCUUGAUUUAUUUUCACCUUAUGUGUUUUUCCAUAUGAUUUGUGUAUGUACAUUGUUUGUCUUUUUUUAUUUUUUUAUUUGUAUGGGAUCACUGACCAGUUUUGUCGCGUCGCACUUUAUUGGUGCAUUAUGUACACUUUAUUUCACUCAGUUGCUUUAAACCAAAGCAUUCCAAUCUCAAUUUUAAAUAGUAAAGAUAUUCUCUGUUGUGUAGACUUGACAAAAUGGCUCCCAGGUUUUAGAGAUAUUAAUGUAAUCUUCAAAACAUCAACACCUACUAUUCCUCUCCUCUAUGUUGACCCUGAAUGUCUGUUUAUAAGUGAAUUAUACCAUGUGGAUACACUGAGAAUGGUUCCAAUCGAGCAAGUUGACGUUUACUCCCUUCUAUGGUGGUGGGUUACAGUAAUGUUGAAUAAUUGUAAGGACAAAUUUGAUCCUACUGUAUUGACGGGUUAGUGGGAUAUUUUUGACCUUUUUUUUUCUCGACAGUCGAGUUGUGAGUCUGAAAGUACAUCGUUAUGCACCAGGUAGUGCCCCCCUUCUCUCUUUCUUUCCAGUUUUUCAUCAAUCCCACACUUUCACAUCGUUGACGUCCACCACGUUCGCUCAGUACUACAUGUAUCAGAGCAAACAUUUAUUUACUGGGAUGCUACGAACCUUCUAUCGACGCUAUGUGUCCAUGUGAAUCUAUCCGUUUGGAUUAAAUAGCCCUAAUACAGUAUAUAGCCUACGUCAGCUCCUUGUUGUAAAGUAGCGUCUUAACAUCCUUUGCUCUGCUUUUAUAAUAGCUUGUUUUACAGCCUGGCGUUUGUAUCCGAAACCUAUACAGCAUGAACCUGUCUCACAUCCAGGGACUGAGGAAGCCGUUUAUUGUUUUUGUGACCAUACUGCUACAUCCAGAUGACAUGCAAACUGCUCACUGGAACAAAACGAGUCCUAAGUCAAUCAAGGGGGCGCUGCCGACUGAAGUAAACGCAAAGGGACUCUUUCAGCGCUACGUUGGUCUAGCAGCCCAUAAAAGAUGGGCAAUUUCAAACUAAAGUUGCCGGUUGUCUCCUAGUCUAGCUGUGCUAUGCUCUUGCGUGACCAUGCUUUAUUGAAAAUCAAGUGCUAGUCUUACGGUAACGUCGUGUGUUAGUGCAGCAGACCAGGGCCGUGGCCAGACAGCCAAUUGGAUCAUGUCUUACUGUUGUUCCUUGUUCUUACUGCGAGGGUCGUGGUUCGGGUCAAACACAAUUCUCCCGUGUAGCAGAUCGUGCAUGCUUUAGGCCAGCCAACCUACAGAGCAUGCUGAGAUAGCCACGGCAAGGUAAAACAUGCAAGACAUGGCAUGCUCACACGCUGUCCCAUAACUACGCGUUUAUUAGCCUCCAAUUAUAAACAUAUCCUCCCAAUAAGGAAUAUAAUUGCUGUUAUAUACUAGCGGUUCUUUCUGUUUUCUGAUUCUAGAACGCUGACACCAAAAACACGACCUAUCGCUAGGUAAAUACCAUUAACUACGGAAUCUGGGAUUCAUAUGGUGGAUCGGGUUGGGGUUAUCUUGGUGUAUGCAUUUUAAGCUUUGUUGUACACUGGUAUGCCACUUUAUUUUGUCUGCUCGAACAAUGGAAAGAAAGUAAAGCUCUAUUUAUGAAUUAUUGUUGCUAUUUGGAGGUGGAGUAUGACAGCGGGGAAUGUUUGAGCUAUUGAAUUGUCAUCCAAGUCUAAUUUAUUGUAUUUAUCACAUCUCAUAAUUGAAUGAAUGAUGUGUGAGUAAGAUUGGUUGGGGGGUAGGAUAUCCUUCAACAGAAGGAGAUGUUGUUUUUUUCAACUGUACUAUUGUCGCUUUAGCGUGUAGCACCUUAAAUGCAUCUUACUGCAUCUACUGUAAAGGGGACUCGUAACUCUACUUGUUAAUGCUAGGAUAGCUGACUUUCUGUCCUCAAAGAAGAAUUCACUGCAAGUUAAAACAACGCAUUUGAAGUUCAGUGAUCUGGCUAUAGACGAAUAUGGAUUGGCUCAUUCACUGAUUUGACUGCUUUUUUAACAUGACAUUUCCUGGAUCCAAGCAUGUAGAUGUAUGUGUCUCUUCCUCACCCUGGCCUCUCUCUCUCUUUCCCUUACUGCUUGCUAUUGGUGUCCUAUCCCCCUCAGUGCAGCCCUGUAGAGAAACGCCCACCUCCAUGACUCGGUAUUGACUCUUCUUGACAUUUGAUUGGCACCUUUCUUGUAAAUAAUUAACCUGAUAGGAUCCACCACAGCCAAUCGCACAGAUGUAACCCUCCCUGUUCCUUUAUACCAUAAUAACUGGCCUGUGACAUCAUCUCAGUGCUCACGUUAUCUUUGAGUGUUGGAGUUCUAGUGUCUUCUAAUGUUUGUGGACACGUAACCAGUUGUCGAAAUAAAGUGAAAUAAAUGUGACAUUUAUGCAACA